UGCCAGAUUUAGCACAAUUUAGAGCGGAUUUCAUUGUAUAUUUUCAACUUCUUUGAAUUAUUUUGGAUUGAGUUUUUAAAAAUAUUUUAGCAAAUACUUAAACUUUUCUCUUUUUAAGGGUUUUUAGGCACAUUUUAAAACAAAUAUAAGCCAAACCAAGUUUCCAGUCAUGCAUUGAACAAACCCCACCCACCAAAAAUCUGAUUGGUGUUUGACCGGCGCCAGCGCUCCUCAUUGGUCAGUCAUCCUGUCAUUCGAGUGGGGAUAAGGGGCGUGGCUCUGAUCUGACAGCAUUCAUGUAUUUUCCGUGAACCGUUCAUCGAGCAGCAGCCGCUCACUGACCGGCGGGGCUGCUGCUUCUUUGUGGGGGCUUUUCCCGUCAGCCACCGCGGCUCCCGGACUUUGGCGGUCUAAAAACGACGUGUUGAUCCGGUGUCGGUCCAAAAAAAAAAUGUUUCUGAGGAAGAGGCUCAAACGGUGCCGCGUUGCCUCGGAGCAGCAGUGAAACGUUAGCUAAUGCUAAGCCUCCCGGUUCCUCCGCCUCGCGCUUUUUUUACGCUGAAAAACGGCUUUGACGCCCGACAAUGAAGCCCCGCCGCCGGUGGUUCCUCCUGCCCGCCACCGAGGGCUCGAACCCCGACACGGAGCCGGGGAGCAGCUUCCAGAGGUUCAUGAACAGGCGAGCCCCCGCCAACUGCCGCUACCAGCCCACGUGCUACGAACACGCCGCCAACUUCUACACUCAUGCUCUCCUCGUCGUGCCGGCCUUCGUGGGCAUGACGCUGCUGCACCGCCUGUCCGACAACAGCUGGGAGCGCAUCACGGCGUGGGUGUACGGCCUGGGCCUGUGCGCCCUCUUCCUGGUGUCCACCGUGUUCCACAUCAUCACCUGGAAGAAGAGUCACAUGAGGUCCGUUGAGCAGUGCUUCCACAUGUGCGACCGGGUCGUCAUCUACUUCUUCAUCGCCGCCUCCUACAGCCCCUGGUUGAACCUGCGGGAGCUGGGCCCGCUGGCGGCCCACAUGCGCUGGUUUGUGUGGCUCAUGGCCGCCGCCGGAACCAUCUACGUCUUCAACUAUCAUGAGAAGUACAAACUGGUGGAGCUGGCCUUUUAUCUGACCAUGGGAUUCUUCCCCGCCUCCGUCAUCGCCUCCAUGAGCAACACGGACGGCGUGCAGGAGCUGGCCUGCGGCGGCCUCAUCUACUGCCUCGGCGUCUUCUUCUUCAAGAGCGACGGCGUCAUCCCCUUCGCCCACGCCAUCUGGCACGUCUUCGUGGCUCUGGCUGCUGCCGUGCACUACUACGCCAUCUGGAAAUACCUUUACAUGACCCCCAGCGCCGAGUCCCUCCUUGACUUGUGACCCCCCCACCCCCCCUCUGGUCCCGCUAAUUCAACCGCCCACCAGAGCUGCAGCUCUGACGUUUACAAAGACCCGACUGAUGUUUACUGCUUUGUAAUGGGGGGGUCUGAUUAUCAACGGGGGGUUUGUACGAAGCUUUGAGGGUGGGGGCACUUCUUCAAAAAACGGCACAUGACCCGACAGUCUUUUCUAUCGAAGCGAGUCACAUUCCAGGAUCCGGGUCAAACCCGGCUUAUCCCUCUCAGAUGUUUCUAAGAUGCCAAAGGUGUCUAAAAACUGCCAAAGCAAAGCAGCUUCAGAUAAAAAAUCUGAUUUUUAUUUCUAAAAUGACCAAAAACGAUCCGACUGGAGGAUAUUUCUACUCUAAACCUCAUUUUCCAGUGAAUCAGCUCCUGUGUUUGGCUCCCUCUGGUGGUGAUCCUGAGUAUUACACAGACUGAAUGUGAGCCGUGUUGUGCAGCGUCCGUCCAUUGAAUUCCUUCGUAUUUGUACUAUUCAGCUCUGUUUUGUAUGUUUGUAAAUCUGCAUGAUCUCAGCAGGGACGUCCUCGCUCAUCGUCUGCUGCUCUGGCUCUUAAUGGUGCUGCGUCAAACACGAAUGUUCAACCACUGUUCUGAAAACCACAUUUGUAAUGUGAAAAUAAAGACAUGGAUCCAGAUCAGA